GUCUCUCAGACACUUUAAUUAAACAAAAUUGGUAAAAACCUCAAAAAUUUCUCAAGCCAUGGGGGCAACUAAAACAUAAGCUAUAAGGAAUGAUGAUUAAAUGAACCACAAUGUCCUACACAGUUGACCUUGAACAGUUAGAAGAUGAAGAAGUAUUGUGGAAUAUUUUAGAGAUUUUGGGUAAAAAGUUAAAUCGAAAAGGAAAAGAAUGUAUAUUUUUAGUUUCUGGGAAAAACAACGAAGCAGUAAUGAGUUGGACCACAGAACUAGGUGGAUAUUUUUUAUCAACAUAUCCAAAAUGGUCAUCAAUGUUUCAAGACUUUUGUAAUACUGGUGAAAUGCCCAUGAUGAAACAGCAAAUGUUACCAGGUGAAUUGGAGAACUAUACAGCUCUGAAAAAUGUUGAACAAUUUAAAACAUUUUCAAUAAAUAGCUCUCUUAAGAAUACAUGCAAAUGGCUUCAAAGGAAAGACAACUCAAUGUUUUUCAUUAAAGACAUUAAGAUAAAAGUAGAAAGGGACAUGAACCAUGAAGAAAUUAAACAUUCAUAUAAAGAUGUCAAGAUUGAAGACAAUUCUCAACAUUCAGAUGAAUACAAUGUCGGUAUAACAAAUUUUAACACUUCCUGCUUGGGCCCCUCUUGUUCAAAUGCCUGCAGUGAUGAUAACAUCCACAAUUCAAAUGAAGUUAGUGGUGAAAUGACAGACUGCAACACUUCCUAUUCAAAUGUCCUAAUUGAAGAUAACAUCCAAGGUUCUCUUGAGGUUGGUGAUGAAAUGACAAACUUUAACACUGUCUGUUCAAAUGUCCUAAAUAAAGAUAACAUCCAAGGUUCUAUUGGGGUUGGUGGAGAAAUGACAAACUGCAACACUAUCUGUUCAAGUUUCUUAAAUGAAGAUAACAUCCAAGGUUCUAUUGGGGUUGGUGGAGAAAUGACAAACUUCAACACUGUCUGUUCAAAUGUCUUAAAUGAAGAUAACAUCCAAGGUUCUAUUGGGGUUGGUGGAGAAAUGACAAACUGCAACACUAUCUGUUCAAGUUUCUUAACUGAAGAUAACAUUGAAUGUGCAAAUGAAGUCCCUGGCAGAUGGAAGGAACACAACAUGUUAUAUUCAAAUGUCCUCAAAGAAAAACUAAAGGACAUCAUUCAUAAAAGAACAAAUUUGAAUAAUUCUGUUGAUAACUGUACAUUUAGAAAUGUAAGCACAAGCAAGGCUGAAACUGACCACAUUUAUGUUUCGAUUGGGAACAAUAUUGAAACAGUUACAGACCAACAAGAUUCAGAUAACUCUCAGAAUAAAGACAAAAAAAGAAAAAAGGGUUCAGGUCCAUAA